UUGCAGGCCAAAUUUAAAUGUUCAACCAUUCAGAAUCGGUAAAAAGGAAGUUCCAGCUUGAAAAAAACGAAGGAUGAAGGCUUUUUUCGCGAAAGAAAAAAGAAGUGACAGUCGACUUGCGUGAUUUGUCUACUGCACACCCGCCGCAAACCGCUAUUUUUGCUUUUGAAAAAAUAGUUCCAUGGCAACGGCAGUGCUAUCUGAAGAGCUUUUGCACUAACGUGUCAGAUGGCAAAGUUAAAACGUGCCCGCAACUAAUUGAUUGGAGUGCUGGAUCUAAAAUGGGAAGCACAUGGCGUGAUUCCAAAACAGCGGACUCUUUGUCAACAACGAUGAAAUGGAUGACGGUCAACUGCCACCCAUACGAUUGCAUACUCAACGGCCGCUUCCAUCAGUUGAAAGCUUAGGAGGAAGUGAAUGACAAGAUUAAUGGGAAAGUUGUGCAAGUCCAUUUUUAUUUUUUAAUACUUUUUUUAUUGGCCCUAUCUUAGAUUGAGUUUACCGUGUGCGUCCACUGCCGCGUUGAAGAUAAGUUAUUUAACUUACGACAUCAAUGGAAGUCUUAUAAAGUUUGGAAUUUUAAAGUAAGUUAUUUAGAUGUCCCGUACGUUAGUUUUUUUUUUUUAAACGAAAAUGCCACUGUGAAUAAUAAUAUUUCCGGAUGCUGACGCCAAGUGGACCAUGCAUUUUAGAAACAAAGACAAAAGGCGAUCGAUAACCUUACUACUGCGACAGAAUUUUUAUCGGUCGGCAUAUCCGGUCCAGCGGAGGAAAAUCCCAUUGACUGUCUUUUUAUUUUUCAUACACUGGCUGUUUUUCACUCGCUUUGUGAUAGGUUUACCACACGUGGAGACCAGGAAAAUAAACUCAUAUUUCUCUUCCAGCCUUCGCCUCCGUAGCGGAUCAUCUGCGCAAGUCAGAGUCUACAAGUUUUCGAGACUUACCGACCUGCAAUAAAGUCCCCAUUGAGCAGAAUUUCUAUGUUAGUAAGUCCUACUCUCUAGCACGUUCCUUCACAAGUUUUUCCGCCAAGAGUUUCGUGACUAACGACGAAAUGGAUUUAGGGAAAUGGCACUUCCUGCUAUUUAUCCUCGUCGUUACCGGUUGUCUCAACUCGUUACCAGUUUCAGCGGCGACUAUUGUGCCAGAUCUUUCAUCCAAUGGAAAGGACCAAAUCGAAUUCCAGGAGUUCAACAGCUCUUCUUCCCCAGGCAUUUUUGCAUGUCUUAUCAUAGUCCAUCUCUCUUGAACUUUCUCCUUACGUACGUUUUCAAAAUAUCGCCUAGGUACCGCCGACGGUGGGUUGAAUCUGACGGUUUCAGUUGCGUUAUCCGCGAGAGAUCAAUCUGAAUUGUCAUCUCUUCCGCCAGAUCCCGUGGCAAACAAACGUCUCAAAUUAGUGAUUCGAUGGCUACAUCCGACAGCGGGAGAACCACCCGAGGGAUACAAUGUGGAGGUAAGGCCAUUGAUUCCAUCUACUCGUUCGAUGGGUGACACGUCGUCUUGUACCGAACACUUUACGGAUUUCUUUCAUCACGUAGAGUACAGCGAAACACCAUCCAUCGAAAUUGGAAGUGGGACGAAGAAAGGAGAUCAUCUGGUCCAGUUUGGAUGCUCUUACGCCGUCAGUGUCCAAGCGUCACCCAUAAUUUCCCCUGAUCGCCCACUUUUCGUUAACAUUACCGUUCCAGAUUGCGUGGAAGGAGUUUGUCGGUGCGGUUCACGCCCGCGUUUGCCGAAACCGGAAGAAUUGGCCACACACGAGAUCACCGUGGCUUCCGGGCUCCAUGACGAACGCAGCUAUCUUGUUUCAUGGUCGUAUCGUGGUCCAUUGGAGGAGGCCACUGAUACCACUGUGGUUGUACGGGUGGAACGAGCGGAAAAUGUCCUUGGCCUCGGACCUGUUUUCCGCAAAGUCAGGGAAUACAGACACAACGUUGUACCCGGUCUCAACUUUUUCCAGCAGCCGAUUCAUCAUUUAGAGUUUCAUUCCAAUUAUCGUAUCCGGAUCCUCGCCUACGACUCGCAUCACUGCGAGGGCCAGAUUGCAGAAGUUUACCUGAACAGAGAUGUGAAGUUAGAAAAAGAUCCUAGCUUGCACAAGGAAACGAUGGUGAGCGCAGUCGUCUUUGGCGUUAUUUUCUUGGCCGUCAUGGCUCUGGUUAUUGCACUCAGUUGGAGACGCUUUCUUCGACGAUUACAUCUCAUGGCGGCGACUGCUGCAACAGGCAAUCACACCCCGGCGCGUUAUUCACGCUCUCCGCAAAAUUUCCACAGGGACAGCCGACGCACGACUUUGCUAACUAAUGGCUCCAGUGGUACCUGCCAACGUUUGAUGAACGUCCUGCACGCGGAUAGAGACUCUGAAGAACCCCGUCAUCAUUUACUUGGAAAUAACAAAGUCGUGGAUGACUAUGAAAUUGAUCCUAGCCAAGUGAAGCUGGGGGUAGAAAUCGGAAAGGGGGCGUUUGGUCGCGUUCACCUGGCAACAGUCGAAAACCUACCCGGCCUUCCUGGCCCGACUCUUGUUGCCGUCAAGCAAAUGAAAAAGAAAGUUGGUUUGGAUGAAAGAGACGAUUUUCUGGCUGAGAUCGCUAUGAUGAAACGUGUCGGUCGUCAUGAAAACAUUGUCGUUAUGCUAGCCUGCGUUACUCUAAAUCAACCAUAUUCGAUGAUCCUAGAGUACGUUCCCUAUGGCGACCUACUCCAUUACCUUAGGACGUUGCGAGCUGUUUACCACCAAUCCAAAGUGUGGUCGGUUGACAGUAAAGUCCAACAUCAUCCAGAUACCGUAUCUGCCAGCAUAGGAGGAUCGAGUUCAUCAGUGGCCUUGCUACCGAGAAAAUCGACCACGCACAGCACAUCAGACAGUUCGAAAUCUUAUCAUCUGAAUCACAUUUUCGCUUCAAUGAGCUCGCAAUCAACUGGAUCGUCGCACUCGUCUUCGUCUUAUGUCAUACCAAACUAUUAUCGGGGUUUGCUGAAAGCGUUCCCAACGAGCCGAACCAUAGACACUGAGGAAUUACACGAUUUCGCUCGGCAAAUUGCACGGGGCAUGGAACAUUUGGAAUUGAAAGGAAUCACGCAUCGAGAUCUAGCUGCUCGUAAUUUGUUGGUUAGCGAAGGCCGUGUGCUGAAAAUCUCUGAUUUUGGACUAUCACGCCAUGGCGUAUACGUGAACACACGGAAAAGAAUGCUUCCACUUCGCUGGCUAGCCCUUGAAUCCAUGACGGAUAAUUUGUAUUCCUCGUUGAGCGACGUCUGGGCCUUCGGCGUGGUACUAUGGGAAAUUUGCACGCUAGGUGGAUUCCCUUACGCCAAUAUUUCCGACGCUCAACUGAUGACGUACCUGCUGUCUGGCAAUCGGUUAAUUAGGCCAGAUAAUGUCUCCGAAAAACUUUAUCAAGUCAUGCUGAAAUGUUGGAGCGCAAAUCCCGACGACCGCCCUACAUUCCGUGAGCUCCGUUGCUCCCUGGAGGACUUCGAAGCCCAUCAUGAAAAUUACGUGGAUUUUAGUUGUUCCUCCAGCUCGCAGGCUCACGCCCUUCCACCCACUGAAGAAGAAAUUACAAUAAUUUAGAACGGUCACCGGUAAAAAAAUUAGACUUUCCGGAAUGAAGCGAGUGUUGAUCCACCCAAACGCUGAAGAACACUGAGGCGUAUUAACGUAAUUGUCUCAGCCCAUAGUUUUACGGUUUAAAGACCAUCGAACUUGGUAUGGUAAUCAUUUAGUAUUGCCUCACACAAUAAAUUUUAGUCGCAUUGUCCGCUAGGUCUGUCAGUAUGCAAGACAAUCAUGUGUUUUCAGAGUUUGACAACUGGUUUGUCCAAUUCUCUUACGUAAAAUUUUAUCCAUCGAAGUGCUUUCAAUUGUCUAAAGAUUAAGAUCUCUACCGGUAGAACUAACUGUCUAGGUUUUUGAAAAAAAAAAAAAAAAAUAAUAAAAAAAAACCCGGGAAGUCGGAUGUAUUAUUUUUGUUUAUACAGAACGUUUACGCUAGUGCCAGAGAUGCAAUUACGUGUAGAUGCAAGUAGUGGCUCAAGAGUUGAGCAUCAGUAAGGCACAGCGAAGAUUUAUCGUUCGAGUCCUGGUACAGUUAAACUGAAACACUGUACUAAACAUUAUGAUGUGUAACUAAAACGCUGAUAGUCACCAACGGUGUGUUUUACGAAAUAAUAUUUCAUCAUUGAACUUGAAAAA